AUGGUCAUGCUAAUGCAUGCCAUCUAUUUGAUUUUAGCUGUUUCCUUAUUAAUUUUGGGUUCAGCUCAAGGUUUGUCUCAAGUUAUCAAAGAAAAGUUUUGUUUUAUCGCCUUGAUGGUUUUCUUUACAUUAGCUGGUAUCGCUUUAGGUCAAAUUAGAACUCUAAAAGUCUAUAGUACUUUGGCAAGUUUCUCAGUUUAUUUCACAAUCAUUUUAUGUAUCUUGACAAUGGGUGGUGUUGCACAUUCUCCUCCAAACUAUUCAGCUGCUUUCAAAACAAGAAACGUCGAACAAGGACCUGUUCAAGUUCAAGCAUUUAUUGGUGGAGGUACCAUGAUGAAUCAAUUAGUCGGUAUCAUGAACAUUAUUUAUGCAUAUGCUGGUUCUAUUAUGUUUCCAGAGAUCUUAGCUGAAAUGCAACAUCCAUGGGAUUUCUGGAAAGGUGCUGCAUUAGCCCAAACUCUUAUUUUUGUUGCCUACUUGUUCUUUGGUGUCUUUGUCUAUUGUUAUCAAGGUCAGUUCGUCAUCAACCCUGCAAACCAAGGGAUGACUAUCUAUGCUUUACAAACCGUUUGUAAUGUGAUCAGUAUUGUGACAGGUAUGGUUGCUGCUGGGUUAUAUAUGCAUGUUGGUUUGAAAUCAAUGUAUCAAAAUGUUGUUGUUGAUAUUUUCAAAGGCCCAACUUUAGGUGUCUUUAAAGGGAAAAUCUUCUGGAUCUUCUUUGCCGUUGGUUAUUGGAUUGUUUCGUUCAUUAUUGCUGCUGCUGUUCCACAAUUGAGUAACAUUGCUGCUAUUUCCGCAGCUGCUUGUGCUUUGCAAUUUACUUACUCUUUCCCUGCUCUUAUGUCAUGUACUUUACAAGUGCGUAAAGAUGCCCUACUUGGUGAUGGAUUAUUCAACCCUGAAACUGAUAGAUGUGAACGUUCAGAUACUUGGUUUCAAUUCAGUCGCUGGAAUACUUUCAACUUCAUCUUGGGUCUUGCUUCAUUAUCUUUAGCUGGUUUAGGGUUAUGGUCUUCAAUCGAAAGUAUUAUUGAGACUUUUGCUGCAUCAGGUUCACCAUCGUCAUUCAGUUGUAAGGCUCCUGUUUGAUUUGGACAUUUUGGGUUAGGUCUCUUUGAUUUAUUCUUCUUAUUUUUUUGAUCUGUGAUCAAGUACACUAUUGAUUUAUAGUUUUAAUGUUUGUGAAUAUAGAUGUUUUAAUGUUUACUUUUCAACGUAGGGACCUGUCAUCUACAUGCGGGUCAUUAACGUUGAACUAAUUAGAUUGUGCACAAAAACCAAUAGUCAACCUUCAAUACAACAAGAUUCCCCUUUUACAAUAAUUCAAUCACAAUGAGAUUCCAAUCCAGACCAAUAUCUAUGUGGCUACCAUAAAAGAGUGGCUAAUAACAAAAGGUUAUCAAAAUGGACCAAAUAAAGAGAUUAGUUUCAGUGUUAUCUUCAGAAGACAAAU